UUUAAUUUGAUCGACAAUGAAUUCGAUAGAAUGUAAUGAAUUUUCUUCAACAAAUUUUAACAUUAGUGAUCAUAAUCAUCAUAAUGAUAAUGUUUCAAUUGUAUGGAAAAAUCUUCGUUAUGAAGUGAACAGUUGGCUAAAAGGAAGAAAAAUUAUUCUACAACGUUUAAAUGGUCAUUUGGAAUAUAAUAGUCUUACUGCAUUUCUUGGUCCAAGUGGUGCUGGAAAAAGUACACUUCUUAAUUGUUUAAAUGGCCAAUUUCGAUCCGGAAUCUCAUCCGAUUCAGAGAUAUACAUCAAUCGUCGAGAAAACGAUAAACCACGAAUCUGUUAUGUUCAACAACAUGUCCAAGAAACGAUCAUUGGAUCGAUGACAAUUCGACAAAUUCUAUACUAUGCUUUUCGAUUCCAUAACAGCUUCAACCAUGGUGGAUCCGAAAUGGAUCAACAUAUCACCAAUAUCAUCGAACAAUUGUUGCUUGACCCAAAAGUUCUGGAUAGAAGGUUUGAUCUAUGUAGUGGAGGUGAACAAAAGCGAAUCGCAGUUGCACAAGAAUUGAUGUCAUUGAAAGCGCCGACAUUUUUGUUUGUUGACGAACCGACAACCGGACUGGACAGCCAUGCUGCUCUGUUGAUGGUACGUUGUUUACGAAAAUUAGCUGAUGAUCCAAACAAUCGAUUAACGAUUCUGGCAUCGAUACAUUCGCCCAACUCUGACAUUCUCAAAAUGUUCGACAAACUUUACAUUCUGGCCAAAGGUGGUGUUUGCGUCUAUUCUGGAGUACCAAAAUUAUUACCACAAAAUCUUCAAGAACAUAUUGGAUUAGUUCAUGAUCGAAACAAACCCCCAAUUGAAGAAUAUCUGACCAUAGCUUGUAAAGGAACUGGUGAUGAAAAUGUGCGUCGAUUAGCGGAAGCAACUUGGUCACAACAACAAGAAGAAUUAAAGCCAUUAAUACCACAAAUGAAAAAUUUACCGCAAGGAAUUAUUCUUGAUCAUAAGUUAUUUUCAAUUGGAGAUUUUCUACUACAAAUCGCACGAAUGUUUCAAUUAAUAUUCAUCAAACAAAUCAAUUCUCGAAUUUUCACGAUAUUCACGUUGACGUUAGUGUGUUUGAUUCAUUCGAAUUUAUUCGAACAAAAUAUCCUCCAACCAGAUACUUGUGUUUCAAUGAUUGAUUUCACCAAGCCACAAAAUAAUCAAACUUGUCAAGAUAAAUUGGAAGAUGAUUAUCGAAUUGAAUUCUAUGGUUAUUAUCAAUCCAUGAUCGUUAUGUUGAUGGGUUAUGUACUUAAUGCGAUCAGCAGUUUAACUUUCUCUUCAUUGAUAAACGUAUUCAAAAAUGAACAUCGAAAUGGUUGGCACAGCGUUGGUGUUUCAUAUUGGUCGGUCGUAUUCGUUCGAUUAAUAGAUUUUACUAUUCUUGCUCUACUUAUUACAACAUUGAUGUACUUCUUAAUCGAUCAUACAUUCAUUGAUGAUGGUUAUUUUAAUUGGUUUCGAUUCGGUAAUUUUUUCCUAUUCAUGUGGAUGUUUUUUUUCUACGUACAAUCUGUUGGUCAAUUAUUAAGCAUAAUUUUUUCAAAUCAUCCACAAGUGGCCGUUGCGUUAUCAUUAAUUACAUACGCACCACUUGAUUUUAACAAUAGUUAUAUGUUUCCAUAUAAUUAUAUUGUUAAUCCUAUCAGUAAAAUCAUUAGUGAUAUUAUGGGAACGAAAAUUAUUACCUAUGGACUUAUUAAUGCAUUCUAUGGUAUUGAUCGAUGUAAACCAAACCAAAUAUCUUCAGUUUUGAUCGAUUUUGAAAUCAAUCAGGAAACAGUCUAUACUGAUCUGUAUCGGAUUUUAAUCAAUUCUGUUGCUUUACGAAUAUUGACAUUGUUAUUAAUGAUGACCGAAUUAAAUAGCUGGAAAUUUUCAUCGAAAAAAUCAUCAAAAAUGUCUAUUAUCGCUGAUUUUGCUAAAAUCGACUACGAUAAAUCAAAUAAUGAAUUAAUUCAAACUUCAUUUCAGUCAAAUGAACGAAUGAAAUUGGAAAAUGAAACCGAAUUUGAGAAAUUCUCCAAAAACAAAAUUAUCAUCGCUUGGCGAUCCUUGAGUUUGUUUAAUUCGGGCUCAUAUUUGGAACUGCGUUCUGCGUUGAAACUGGAAGAACCUAAAUAUAUUUUGCGAAAUCUUAAUGGUCAAUUUCGUUACGGAACAUUGAAUGCUUUGAUGGGUACUUCUGGAGCCGGCAAGACUUCCUUCCUAAAAGUGUUGAAUGGCAGGGACAAGACUCGAUUGAGCAGUGAAACCAAAUUCUAUCUCAGCAAAUUCACGCCGUUGCGUACCUGUUACAUAACGCAGGAUAUUUCUUCGCACCUGACUCCAGGGUUGACAGGCCUACAGAGUCUUAUCUAUGCAAGCAAGUUGAAAAACCUUGGCGAACAAGUCGAUCAUAAAAAUAAUGCCAUGUCAAUGUUAAAAGAACUGGAUAUUAUCGAUACGGCCAACACACUUGUCAAUAAAUGUUCUGGUGGACAACGAAAACGAUUGGCACUGGCUUUGGAACUGAUGUCGCAACGAAUGCCAAAUUUCAUUUGCAUCGAUGAACCGACUAGCGGACUGGAUUCUAAUUCGGCCGAAGUGAUCAUUUCCUGUCUGAGAAAAAUGUCACACAAACACAACAUCACCAUAGUGGCUGCCAUUCAUCAACCGAAUACUGAGAUGCUAAUGCUGUUCGAUCAGAUCUAUAUUCUUGCCAGAGGUGGAGUCUGUAUCUUUUCUGGUCCACCAUCACAAAUCAAUGAUCAUCUUCAGCAAGUUUCUACCGAUCACGACAAUAACGAUGAAAAAUUUGCUGUCGAAGAAAUCAUGAAAUAUUCCUCUUUGAAUCACUCAGAUCCAAAAAUUAAAACAUUGUCCGAUUCUACAAACCAAUCAAUCCUAAAUAAUGAGUUAGAAAAUAAUUUGAUGACUGAUACUCAAUAUGUUUUAGAUGGUCCACAGGCUAAUCGUACUCGAUUUUCAUUGAGAUCUGUUAUCAUUUUGAUCCAACGACAAUUCUAUUUCUAUUUUGGAAAUCCCAUGUCCCAAUUUUUAAUAUUGUGGUUCAUGUGUUUCUCUAUGGGAAAUGGUGUAAUAUUGAAGAGUUUGAUCAAUCCUGACAUUGUUUUUCAAAGUGGUUGUAUGGGUUUGGAUGAAGAUUUUAGCAGCUGUAAUCGUUCUAAAGAUGAAAGAAUGAACCUUUUACACAGUUAUCAUUAUGUUAAUCACGUUAUAAGCAGUCUGGGUAUAAUUAGUUGUAUCUUUUUUGCUACAUUGUUUGUGUCACAACGGAAAUUGUUUAAAAUUGAACAUCGAAAUGGUUGGUACAGUUCUGGUGCAUUUUAUCUAACAAAAGCAAUAUGUGAAAUGUUCAUUGCUUUUCCCCUAAUCGUAUUGUAUCCAAUCGUUACCGACAUUUAUUAUCCAGUUCGAAGUGAUGUAUGGUAUUAUAUGAUAAUAUUAACCAUACUACCAAUGAUUGCUGUUCAAGGUGCCAGCUAUAUAAUUUCCAUAGUGUUUGGACGUAAUCCAUUGAAUCUUUACAUUUCAAUUCCAUGUGUAAUGCUUAUAUCGAUUAUUUCAAUAUUAACUCCACAUUCAUUAUCACAUUUUGCAUUCAAAUUGAUAACAACUUUCAAUCUUUUUCGCUAUCAAUCAGAAGCAAUGUUGUUUUUAGUAUAUGGUUUUGGUCGUUGUGGUCAUAGAGAAAUUCAAGUGGUAUUGUAUAGAAUUGGUUUGAUUCAUGAUGAACGUUACUAUUACGUUAUCAUAAUGACAGCCGUCAAUGCAAUAUUAUUUCAAUCAAUUGCCAUAUUAUUAUUUUGUCUAUAUAAUAAUCCAUUUGAAAAUCGACGUAAACGUGUUGAACGUAUUGAAUAUCUAAAUCAACGACAAUUACCAUCAAAAGUCAUUAUACCUGGUCUUACCUGUUCAAAUGAUUUUGUUAUUCGAAAAAUUCAAGUUUAAUUUUAUCUGUUUUAUUUUAUAAUUGUUGUUACUUUUAUUAUUGUUGUUUACACUUUUUUUUCUUCUAACACUGAUAUCCAUACUUAUCAAUUUGUUAUCAAACUGAAAAGUUGUUUAUGCAAAAAAAAAAUUUUGUUGUUUUUAUUUUAGUGCAAUUCAAUUUCAGAUAAUAAUCAUCAUUUCAUUUGAUUUAUUUUUAUUAGUAAAACAAAAAACAAAACAAAAAACUGGUUUCAAUGUUCAAGGAUGUUGUGAUUGAUUAAUUUUUGUCGUUCAA